CUCUGACACAACUUUGUCAUGGAUUCAACCCACCCGCAACCAGAUCGCCGUGGCCUCGGUUUCAGACGGCACUGCGGCAACAUAUAUCUUUGGGAAAGCCUCACACCGGCGCUCUUAACUCUUCGAACUUGACCAGCACCACAAUGGGCGACUGGGACUUCGUCUGUGCUCUUUGUGCUGCCCCCUUCUCUGCCGCGUCCUUCGAGGAGCCCGAGGAAGAUGAAGAGGAGGACGGCGUGAACCGCUCUCUCCUACCCAAAGCGGCCAUCGCAUGGCUCGAGCGCCUAUGCGUUGUCGGCGAGAACGAGGAUGCCGUUGGCGUCGGGCGCUGCUAUAUAUCCGGCCCAGGAAAGGAGGAGAUGUAUGGUUCGGUGGGUGUAGCACCCGGCGACCAUCCCAACGCGCCAGCUGCCGAAGGUGACGAUGUUAACAUCAGCGUCUACUACAAUUACGCCGACGACUCGUUGGGUGCGAUCCCCAUGCACACGAAGUGCCUCGACAUCCUGAAAAAGGUACUCCAGCGUGAUGGGUACGAGCUCAGCGCCGAUACUCUAUACGCAUCGUUCUUGGAAGUGCACGAGGAGGGAAUGUGCUGCUUGGCGCUUGACUACUACGACUUCGACGGUCUGACCGACCAGUAUUUCUCUCUAGAGGCAGGGCAAGAGGCCUUCGUCUGCGAUCCCAUCGUUAUCUUCCAGCUGGAGGAGUACCUUGACGGCUUACCCACUCUCAAACCUACCGAUGGCCUCGCGAAGUCGGAGAGCAACAAGUUCGUCUCUCGAAUGCAAGACCCAUUCUCCCUCCUCCCACCCGAGAUCAUACUCGCAAUCAUGUAUCUCAUCCCUCGCGAAUCCUUCAUACCCUUCCUCCUCGCCUCCCCCACCGCUCGCCGCAUCGAACUAUCCAACUCCUUCUUCCACGCGCGCAUGGCUAUUGACAUGCCCUGGGCUUGGGAGCUCAUCGAGGGCCCGCACUCGCGGCGCAUGGACAUCGACUGGCGCGCCGUCUACGUCCACCUGCGCACCGAAUCCAGCGCCCAUCGCGCGAACGCUAUCCCUGGCCUCGCGAACCGGCGCCGCAUCUGGGACGUGUGCGGCCAGGCGGCGAGGAUAUACGAACGGCGCGCGGAGGAGGAGAAGAAGGCUACGGAGCAGGUGUACGUGCCGGAGGACAUCAAGGCGCGCGCUACAUGCAGCCAUGUGCCGCAUGUGCUGUCGCCAGUCCCGACGAAGGCGGCGGCGCUGACGGUGUGGUUGCCGGUCACUGCGAGUCUGAUGGGGAACGAGAAGAAGGUCAGACUGUUCUGGACAGCGAAGGGGGUACUCUCGAGCAUCACCUUCGAGUUCAACUUGGGCUCGGGUGAGGAGAAGGUACUGUUUGGGUCGGGGCAGGGAGUGAAGGUCGACGAGUGCACGAUUGAAGCGGGCGAUUGGAUCGACGGGUUCGAGUUUAGCAUCAAGAAAUUUGAAGCCAAUGAGGGCGGCUCUGGCGGCAAGGAGAACGACGCUAGCGGCGACGAGGACGAGGACGAGGACGAAGACAACGAGGACGAAAACGAAGACAACGAGGACGAGGACGACAAAGACGACGAUGAGGACGAUGAGGACGGUGAAGAGGACGAAGACGGCGGCGAAGUCGAAGACGAUGCGAGCAACAAUGAGGACGACGCCAGCAACGAUGAGGACGAGGCUAGCGACGAUGAGGACAAUGUCAACGAUGAGGAGGGAAGCACUAGCGGCACAGAGAACAGCGACAGCGACGACGAGGACGGCGCGAGCGACAAGCGGGAGAGCGGCCUAGCCAUUAUGGGUGUCAUCGUGCGCAGGCUCGUUGGAGAGUCAGUCGUAUUUGGCAACAUGAGCGGGCACCGACGGCUGUCUGUCGUGCAGGAGGGGCACACAUUUGUCGGACUGCGCGGAGAAGCGUCCAACGGCGUGAUCUCCCGCGUGGGCUUGCUUGAGCUGCCGGAGCUCUUGGGUCCCCAGAGGAGGUCCGCGCCGGAUACCUCGGUGUGCAAGCUGAUGUGGGCGGAAGAGGUCCCCGCCGCGCCACUCGCCUGUCACCCCUCGAGGUUCGGGUACUGGGGCGUCCAAGAGGCGUCCGACUUGGUGCCCUUCUACCCGCUUUACUUCGGGCGGACGGAAAACGAGCUCGCUGCGCUUACCGGGAUCGCCGUGGGGAGCAACUCACUCGGGAUCGCGGUGUACCACGACAGGAGGGUGUCAAUGUCGGCGGGGAAAUUGGAAGAGGGCUUCACGAAGUACUUCCCUAUCGACGGCAAGGGCGGCGAGCGGGUCAUUGGAUUCACUGUGACCAUGGGUCCGCUGGUGGAUGGGUUCAAGCUUGUAACGAAUCGCGGACGACAAGCGAUAUCUGGUCGAACGGGAAUGAAUGCAGACUCGGUCACCUCGACGCCGUCGAACCCCUGCGUGUUGGCAGGUCUGUAUUGCAGCUAUGAGUACAGGAGCGAGGAUGAUAAUCGACUCUCCUCCGUAUCCGUCCUCGUAAGCCCCGGGUCUAGCGAGACGGCCGACUUCGACUACUUCGUGCGCGACCAGUGCAUGUGGGAGCCCUCUCCGCCACCUGCUACGUGGUGCCCCUCGACCCCGGCCUUCGGCGCUUUCGCGGACGACAAAUACGCCGUCUUCCUCGACCUCUCGAAGCCGGUGAGGGAGAUCAAGGGUCUGCUUGCUGCGCCGGAUUGGGUGGACGUUGUCGAGCUGGGCGGUUUCGUCAUUCGCUACGCGGAUGGUACCGAUGUCUACGUCGGCCUGCCGUCGAGCAUCUGGUCACAGCUCGACGACGAUGAACCGCUGAAGGAGCUGCCGCGCCAUCAGCAUAUGUCGACGUCCUUGGGCCCGAUGAAGCCGCCCGAGCUGCCUGCGCACGUCAAGGGUGACGAGGAAGUGCGGGCGCAGAAUAAAGAUGGUGCAGUUUGGCGUCUGGGCGAAGAGGGCGAUCGGAUCGCGAAGGUGGUGGUGUGGGAGACGGGCAGUGGCAGGAUCGAUGGGUUGCAGUUCCACUCGGAAACCGGGAAGGCGAGUUUGAGGUGGGGGAAGUGUGGUAGUAAGCCCGCGGGGGAGGUCGGAGCAGGUGAUGGCAAUUGUCACUUCUCACUCUCAUCCUCCAUGGCGCUGGCAUCUAUCAAGCCGGAUCUAGAUGAGCUCUUCCGUGCCAUCACCAAGGUCGACGAAAUGCGAGAAGGGGGUGACCUUGUCGCCAACGACCCGCGUGUGCGCCCCCAUCUCUCGCGAGUGCGAUCGAUCGUGCGGAAUCAGCGCCCAUUGCAGAAGCUUUACAGCAUAGACUAUGAACGGGACAUCCCGUACCGGGCGUUCCUCUCUGAUAUAUUCAACUAUGGCAUAUACGAGAGCUUGGUCGACGCUCACUUCUGCGUCGCCCGAUUAUGCUCGUUGUCCCACACCUUCGCCAACCCAGAUCUGUGCCCUUUCGACGUUGGAUUCUUCGUGUCUUUCUUCGACUGGAUUGACCAUCUCCUCCCGAUAGGUCGCGAGCGAGAGAUCCUAGCCUUCGCUUCCGCCGGCCGCCUCCCUGAUGGCUAUGUCAUGGAAUGCCUCGAAUCUAUACUUUACGCAACUUUGGAAAUCCUUCAGUAUCUCUCCCGCGAAAGACUGCGCGAGAUAGUCCUGUCUCCGGAACAGCGCCUUUCAACCUUCCUCGUGCACGUAUGGAUGAAUUGGCCGCGCCUGUCCGCUCUACUGGCGGAGAUACCCCCAAAGAUGGUCGAAGCCUGCGUUCUUGGGUUCCCCAUGCUGUACACUGUACUGAACGAUCAUGACGCUCGUCAAGCAGCCUUCUCAGCUAUGCCGCCAGAGAUACGCAACAAUCCUCGUCGUUUUUAUGACCGCUGCGCUCGCCACGUACGCGCUACGAUUGUUCCAAGCGAGCCCAACGGGGAGAUAUUCAUGAGCAAUCAUUUCCGAACCCUCAUUCCCUUCACCAAGAUACCUGGCUUCCGCCAGCCCUCGAAAAAGCUGCUCAUCGCGCUUAUGGAAUACCUCCGUGACCCUGAACACCUAGUACCUCUGCACUGGCGAGAGGUCUGGGUCGGACUUGUGUCGCUAUGCCUUCCCGCUCAGCAGGCUCAUCGUUGGCUCGUAGAGUACGGACUCUUCGAGUGUAUCGUCCGCGUGCGCCUCACCGACCAUGCUGCGCCUAUGCUCGACAGUAUGACUGCUGCACUGCGCAGAGCCAUCACAUCGCGGCGUGCCCUCCGUGGCUUCCGCAAUUCAUAUCGGAAAUUCACGAAGAGCGGAGUCUACCCACCCUACCACGCCCUCGACGAGGAGGACGAAUUUACUCGGACUACCUUCAACUCGUGCGAGGCCGCUCUGAUCGAGGCCGACAGUGAAUGGAAGAGAGCGGCUAUCUGCUGCAACGCCGCCUGUCCCGCGGGGGGCGGUGGUGACAAACCUUUGCGCGCCUGCGUGUGUGGGGAGGCGCUAUAUUGCUCGAAGGCAUGCCAGCGAGCUCACUGGAGAGUGGGCAAUCAUAAACAACGGUGUCCUACUUACAAUGAUCCGACAAGGGCUGGUCUGCAGUUUUCGUACUUCUAUGAUGCGCAACUCGAAGCUCACCAACGGCCAGGUGACCUUCAAGCGAGGGAGCUCUUGCACCUCGUUAAGAUCGCGACAGGCACCUUCAGCGAAAACUAUGACUUGUUCAUGUCAAUCCGCCCGGAUGAGGAGAUCUAUGUCCAGAUUGACUUACGGCCUUUGCUGAGCGGCAACCCGAUAAGCGCCAAUUCGAUUCCCCUGGACGACGAUAGGAAGAGGAGGAUCGAAUCGGAUCCGUGGUACACGCCAUUCAAAGUCUUCGACGUCGAGGUCUACUUCAUGCACGAGGGGAAGUCGUGCAUGCGCCUCAUGCAAUUCAUGAAUGAAGAACUAGCAGGUCACAUUCGGAUGCCAUUUCGCUCACUAACGCAGCCUUUCUUCGACGACGGUGCGACUUUUGACGAGUGGCCGGAGCCUUAUUGGCGCACGGAAAGAGAGCGUCUCUUUGGCCGCAAUCCAGACUCGCCUGACGCAGUUGAUAAUUGAAGAAUGAUCUAUGUAAAGCCCGACAUAUGCUAUGCGUAGCAGAGGGUGGUAGCCAAUCGACGGAUCAGAUGUGUGCGCUUCAUAUUGCUCGGCAUGAGCCAGAUUCACAACUCUAUUCGUCAGAACAUACACGUCGAACUCCCUAAUCAGACCUGCAUAUUUUGACAUUAAGCUUUGUAGUGCUUGCCCAUACAUUGAUAUGCUCUCAAAUUACAGAACUUGACGCGGGAGGAC